AUGGAUGAUAAGUUGACAGUCGUUUGCGAUAUGCCAAUCCCAUUCCUUGGUUGUCUUUGCCGGUUUCCCAAGAUCAGUGGUUCUUCCAAUGGUCUUCCUUGUCUUGAUAUUUCGCCCUAUUAUGCCUCAGGGUUUGUGCUCUGGAAUUUUACCAUUAAGCAAUUUAGGUUUCUUGCUAGAUCAACAAUUAGUGAUGGCAUUAAAUCCUUUUGGAUGGUGGCUACUAGGUUUGGAUUUAAUCAACAAACUAAUGAUUAUAAACUGGUAAGGAUUGUGAGUUUUUGCUGUAAUCAAGCUAAUGAUGAUGGGGAUGCUGGUGAUGCUAUUGAUAUUGGGGCCGAGUUGUAUUCUUGGAGUAGUGCUUCUUGGAGGGUUUUGGAUUCAACAAUGAUUGAAGAAACAAUUGGAAAAAUAAAAAUACUAGAUGCUGGUAGUGGAAUUUGCACUAAACCUUUGCAAUUUAAAGAUGCACUUGGUUUGACCUUUUACCCUACUUUGAAUGUUUAUCGUGGAUAUGGUAGACAGAGUAAUCGAAUUGACUUAUGGGUGUUUGAAGAUUAUGGUUAUGGCGAUGGUGAUGUGAUGGGUAUUCCAAUUUGUGUUCAUAAUGAUUCUGAAUUGAUACUGAAGCGUGUAGCUGGAAAUCAAAUCAAUCUAGCUUUCUUGAAUUUUAGUGGUCAAAGCAUCAAGAGCCUAACCAUCUGCAGUUCUGAGUUUACAUCCCAAUUUUACAGUUAUGUGGAGAGCUUAGUUCUAGUAUCAACUUCAGGGAAAGAAGGUGAACAGGUUGCAAUGGCAAAGAAGGCUCAGGAGGAGUGA